AGGUCUCUGUUUCUUUCUGGUUCUGUUGCUUUUUUGCUUUGCAAGGUUUUGCCAAGGAGACGAUCUCGACCGACGCAGAUAGCAUAGCAGCCAUGGCGACCACCAAAGUCCAGAGGAUCAUGACCCAGCCCAUCAAUCUCAUUUUCAGGUUUCUUCAAAGUAAAGCUCGCAUCCAGAUAUGGCUUUUCGAGCAAAAGGACUCGAGGAUUGAAGGCCGCAUUAUUGGGUUUGAUGAGUAUAUGAAUUUGGUUUUGGAUGAUGCUGAGGAAGUCAAUGUAAAGAAGAAGACUAGAAAGGCUUUGGGGAGGAUCCUUCUCAAAGGGGACAACAUCACACUAAUGAUGAACACGGGAAAAUGAUGACUGGCUUUUAAUGGUGCAUGGAGUCGGCAUAGUUAUAAAGAUGUUAUUGAGAUUUCAGUGAACAUUUCUUCUGAUAAUUCUGUACCUUAAGGUCAUGUUUGAUUCACAAAAUUAAUAGUGAAAUAUUAAUAAUCCUAUUAAAUUAGUGUGGUAUUCACUAUC